AAAAAAUGCUAACUUGAACCUAACCCAGGUCAGAAUCUAACCAUGUGUGGGAGACCCCAGUUUGGUUUUAUUUAAAGAGACUGAAAAUUAUGGAAUUGGCCAUCAUAUUCAUACCCCAUUGGCCCAUCAAUUUCAUACCCCCCACCCCCAACCAGCCCCCCUAGGAUUAACUUCUUUAUGCAGAUCAACAGUUUUAAGACCAUUCAACAAUCAUGGUUUUCUUGAAUUGAUUAAGUAAUCAUUCAUCAAGAAGAAAGCAAGCAUGAAGAGACUUGGCAGCUCUGAUUCCUUGGGUGCCUUGAUGUCCAUCUGUCCCAAUUCAACAGAGGAGCAGCAUAACAGGCGGGGGAAUAAUCCCAUGUACGCGAUGAUGGAGGGUUACGAUGAGGAGCAGUGUAUGGACCAGGAAUCCUGCCAGCUGGCAGGAUCGGAGAAGAAAAGGAGGCUGAGCGUUGACCAGGUCAAAGCCCUGGAGAAGAACUUCGAGGUGGAGAACAAGCUGGAGCCGGAGAGGAAGGUGAGGCUGGCGCAGGAGCUCGGCCUUCAGCCGCGCCAGGUGGCCGUCUGGUUCCAGAACCGCCGCGCGCGGUGGAAGACUAAGCAGCUCGAGAGGGAUUACGGGCUUCUCAAGGCCAAUUACGAUGGGCUUAAGCUCAAUUUCGAGAAGCUGCAGCGUGAUAAUGAAGCUCUACUCAAAGAGAUUCGAGAGCUGAAAUCGAAGAUAAACGAAGAAGACGGUCCCAACAACUCAGAAAGCAAACAGUCGGAGAAAGAAGAUGAACUAAUGUCCGACUCGGAGGAGAAAAGCGAGCCCCAAGCUCCGAUCAUCCCCAAACCGGACAAAGAUUCCGACUCAGAAAACCUCAACAACGACGGCGACAAAGAGCAAGAAGCCCCGCUGAUUCCGGGCCACGACCCGUCGGGUUUCGCCGGCGAUUCAAAAGACGGGUCAUCAGACAGCGACAAUUCAAGCGCAAUCCUAAACGAGGAUAACAACAAUCGGAACAGUAGCAGCCCACGCCAGCACCAGUUCUUGGAAAUCGACGGCCAUCCGAAUUUUAUUAAUCAUAAUUCGGACAAUUUCCAAUUCCAAGAACAACCCAAAACGGCGAUUUUCGGCGGGAAAAACAUUAUCGGUGACGGCGCUCAUCAGUAUAAUCAUCAUCAGCAGCAGCAGUUUGUGAAAAUCGAAGAGCACAAUUUUUUCGGCGAGGAAUCUUGCAGCACUUUCUUUUCCGACGACCAGCCUCCCAGCCUCCAUUGGUACGAGUGGAACUGAAUUACCAACAAAAAAAACUGCAAAAAAAAAAAUCAAAAUAAUCCGAGGGCCUUGAGAGUUGAG